GUAUACACCAGUCGAUGGUGACCUCACUGAAUGAGGACAAUGAGAGCGUCACAGUGGAGUGGAUAGAAAAUGGAGACACUAAAGGGAAAGAGAUCGACUUGGAGAGUGUAUUUGCACUUAACCCAGAUGUGGCUCCAGAUGAGGAAAUUGCCCAAAGUCCAGAGACUCCACCCCCCCCUACACCCACAAGUGUGAAGGUCAAUAAAAUCGCAAAGAACCGUCGGACGAUAGCGCCCAUAAAGAAUGACACUCCGUCCCGGGAUAAUCGAGUGAUUCCGACGCGGGCCAGACAACCCCCGCCUCCACAACCAGAGCCGGCCCCCCCU